AUGGACUAUUCGUAUGACGAGGACCUGGACGAGCUGUGUCCGGUGUGUGGUGACAAGGUGUCGGGCUACCACUACGGGCUGCUCACGUGUGAGAGCUGCAAGGGCUUCUUCAAGCGAACGGUCCAGAACAACAAGCAUUACACGUGCACCGAGAGUCAGAGCUGCAAAAUCGACAAGACGCAGCGUAAGCGCUGUCCCUUCUGCCGCUUCCAGAAGUGUCUGACGGUGGGCAUGCGCCUGGAAGCUGUGCGUGCUGAUCGAAUGAGGGGCGGUCGGAACAAGUUUGGGCCUAUGUACAAGAGGGACCGAGCCUUGAAGCAGCAGAAGAAAGCACAGAUUCGGGCCAAUGGCUUCAAGCUGGAAACUGGACCUCCGAUGGGGGUGCCCCCGCCGCCCCCUCCCCCUCCGGACUACAUGCUACCCCCUGGCCUGCAUGCCCCUGAGCCCAAGGCCCUAGUCUCUGGCCCACCCACUGGGCCACUGGGUGAUUUUGGAGCCCCAGCUCUGCCCAUGGCUGUGCCUGGUACCCAUGGGCCUCUGGCUGGCUACCUCUAUCCUGCCUUCUCUAACCGCACCAUCAAGUCUGAGUAUCCAGAGCCCUAUGCCAGCCCCCCUCAGCAGCCAGGGCCACCCUACAGCUAUCCAGAGCCCUUCUCAGGAGGGCCCAACGUACCAGAGCUCAUACUGCAGCUGCUGCAGCUAGAGCCAGAGGAGGACCAGGUGCGUGCCCGCAUAGUGGGCUGCCUGCAGGAGCCAACCAAAAGUCGCUCUGACCAGCCAGCGCACUUCAGCCUCCUCUGCAGGAUGGCUGACCAGACUUUCAUCUCCAUUGUCGACUGGGCACGAAGGUGCAUGGUGUUCAAGGAGCUAGAGGUGGCCGACCAGAUGACACUGUUGCAGAACUGCUGGAGUGAGCUGCUGGUGUUGGACCACAUCUACCGCCAGGUCCAGUACGGCAAGGAGGACAGCAUCCUGCUGGUCACUGGGCAGGAGGUGGAGCUGAGCACAGUGGCGGUGCAGGCUGGCUCCCUGCUUCACAGCCUGGUGCUGCGGGCACAGGAAUUAGUGCUACAGCUGCAUGCGCUGCAAUUGGACCGCCAGGAGUUCGUCUGUCUCAAGUUCCUUAUCCUCUUCAGCCUUGAUGUGAAAUUCCUGAACAACCACAGCCUGGUGAAGGAUGCCCAGGAGAAAGCCAACGCCGCCCUGCUGGAUUACACCUUGUGUCAUUACCCGCACUGCGGGGACAAAUUCCAGCAGUUACUAUUGUGCCUGGUGGAGGUGAGGGCACUGAGCAUGCAGGCCAAGGAGUACCUGUACCACAAGCAUUUGGGCAACGAGAUGCCCCGCAACAACCUUCUCAUUGAGAUGCUGCAGGCCAAGCAGACUUGA